AGGCAUUGGGUGUCCGCCCUCUUCGAACUCCUCUUCCCCAUCGCCCUCACUCUCAUCAUGGCUUACGUGCGAUACAACACCACAAAAGGCCAGUCGCUGGACCGACAGGAGUCGUGGACGGGUCCCGUGAUCUUCGACGGAGCCGAUCAGCAGAAGAACUUCUCGAUCGCCGACCUGUUCCGGGCGGGAAAUGGAACCAAUAGGAGCCCCUACUCUGUGUUCUACGCGCCCAACAACUCGGCGACGAACGAGUUUAUGCGGGAAUUCCAAAGCAAAUACAAGUUGAAAGACGUGAAGGGCUUCAGCACUGCCGACGAGUUGGCGACAAAACUUUACAAAUCGGAGGAAGAGAUGUAUGAAUACGGCGUUGAGUUCAUCGAAAAUCCGGACUCAAAGCAGAACUUGAAAGUCAAGAUUCGCGUCAAAAACGACAAAAUGGUGAAAUUAGUGAAGCAGACGUUCGCCGACGAUAUGGCCACUAAACCGACCGAAGAUUCGACCACUUAUGAGGACGGCUUCACUUCCCUUCAAAUAGCGCUCAGCGAACGCUUCAUCGAACAACUGAUGGCCGGAAACGUGAGGGAUCUGGAAGUGAGUCAAGUGUCCACUCAUCGCAUCCCUUAUCCCAAAUAUCUGAAGAUCUCUGGAAACGAAGGAGGCUUGUCUGGCGUGCAAAUGGCGGGAAUGAUGAUAGUGACGGGUUAUGUC